AUCAAAACAAAACAAAAAGUUUGAUUUAAAUUAAGUAAUUUAAGCUAUUUAAACAUAUUUUAAAAUGUUAAUAAGAUUAGUGACAAGUAAUAUAGCAUUCCAGCACCUAAAAUCAUCGAGUAUUUUUAAAAAUCCAGCAAUUGUUCGUGAAAGUUUAAAAGAUAUUUUUAAAUACUCAAAAAAUAGCAUUAAAGAAAAUUUAUUUAUAAAAAAUCGGAAGUCUAAAAUACCACGUUUGACCUUCGCACUUGGUUUUCUCGGUACUUCUGUUUUAAUUAAAAAUAAAUUGUCUGUUGUAAAAUGUGAAUCGAGAGUUGCUGAGCUAAGAAUCAAUAAAGAAAUUAAAUUUGAAUGGAAGUUGUUUUGGAGCUACUUAUCAAAGCAUAUCAUUAAGCUACUGGGUGCUAUUGCUGCUGCUCUGGCUGUCGCCUAUCUAAAUAUUAGUAUUCCUUCAUUGUUGGGUCAGUUAAUCAACACUUUGUCUAAAUAUGCUGGAGAUAUUCAUGGAACUGCCAAGGAUUUUCUUAAUGAUGCAACAGAUCCAGCAUUCAAGCUCAUUUCUUCAUAUCUGGCACAAUCCGCCUUUACAUUCAUCUACAUCUACUUACUGUCAAACAUUGGAGAACAAAUGGCAAUGGAGAUAAGACGAGACUUGUUUCAAAACAUUUUAAUGCAGGACAUUGAUUUUUUUGACAAGAACAGAAGUGGCGAACUCGUCAAUAGAAUAUCAACAGACGUUCAGGACUUUAAAUCAAGUUUCAAGCAAACAAUAUCACAAGGAUUGCGUUCGGUAGCACAGCUUAUUGGUGGUUCCAUAAGUUUAUUUUUGAUAUCAAGUCAACUUGCAUGUAUAGCUUUAGUGUCAAUUCCAUCUGCAAUUCUUAUUGGAUCAUUAUUAGGAAGAAAAUUGAGAGAAUUAAGCAAAAAGUCACAAGCUCAAAAUGAAAAGGCAACAAGUGUCUGUGCUGAAGCUUUAGGUAAUAUUCGUACAGUCAAGUCAUGUGCAGCAGAGCAUAUUGAAUUAAUGUUUUUCGAACAAGAAGUCGAGGAAUCAAAGAAUUUAUCUCAGCAUCUUGGUAUUGGAAUUGCCAUGUUUCAAUCUUUGACAAACAUGUUCCUUAAUUGCAUGGUUUUGGGAACUUUAUACUUUGGUGGACAUUUAAUGAGUACCAACUCAAUUUCUGCCGGUGAAUUGAUGGCUUUUCUAGUUGCAUCACAGAAUAUUCAACGUUCACUAGCUCAAGGAUCCAUUUUAAUGGGAAAUGUGAUUCGUGGAUUAACAGCAGGCGCACGAGUCUUUGAAUACAUGAUUGUUGAGCCUAAAAUUGACUUAAUUUCAGGCAGAGUUAUCGAUGAUAAUGACUUGAAAGGUGAAGUUCGUUUUGAAAAUGUCAACUUUUCAUAUCCAUCACGUCCAGAUCAAGUUGUAUUAAAAGACUUUAGUUUAACAUUAAAAUCAGGACAAACAGUGGCAUUAGUUGGCAUGUCUGGAUCUGGUAAAAGUACAGUUGCUCAACUAUUAGAAAGAUUUUAUGAACCGUCCAGUGGUGCAAUUUAUUUAGAUGAUAUCAAAUUAAAUGAAUUAUCCCCUUUAUGGCUAAGAAAUGAUGUUAUUGGAUAUAUUGAUCAGCAGCCAAUACUAUUUGCAUGCUCAAUAUUAGACAACAUCCGUUAUGGACGUGAAAAUGCAACAGUUGAUGAAAUUAUUGAAGUAUCUAAAAAGUCACAGUCACAUGACUUUAUUGAGAGACUUCCUGACAAAUAUGCAACACAAGUUGGGGAAAGAGGAGCUCAAUUAUCAGGUGGACAGCGACAAAGAGUGUCAAUCGCUCGUGCAUUGAUUAAAGAACCAAUCGUAUUGAUUCUCGAUGAAGCUACAUCCGCACUUGACUCCAAUAGUGAAGCUGAAGUCCAAAAAGCUCUCGAUUGUGCCAUUGUUAAUCGCACGACACUUAUUAUUGCUCAUAGAUUGUCUACAAUUAAGAAUGCUGACUUGAUUGUUCUUAUUGAUAAUGGAAGGAUUAAGGAAAAAGGCACACAUGAUGAAUUAAUGAAGAAGAAAGGACUUUACUAUGAUUUAGUAAGACAGCAGGAAAGGAAGGAAAGUGAUGACAGAUCUAAUGGUUAGGGAGGCUUGUUAUUCAUAGAUUUGACAAAGCUUUGGAUAGAAAUCAGGAUUUAAACUUAAUGUAUAUUCUGAGAAGUUGAAAGAAAUCCUAAAAUCAUAAAUUUGACAUCUUCUUAACGAUAACUGCCAAUUUCAAUGACCAAUUCGUAAAUAUCCAUCAUAGAAAAUCCUGUUGAUCACCUAAAAAUUCCAAAAGAGUCACUAAAUGAAUCUUAAAGUCACAACCUUUUCUUAG